AUGGACAACGAUGUGGUAGCUCAGUUUACUGAGAUUACCGGCUCCACGCCGGAGCUCGCCAUUCAAUACCUGCAAAUCACAGACUUCAACAUCGAACAAGCUAUGCAGCUUUUCUUCGAGAAUGGAGGUGCCCCUUUGACAAGCGAGCCCUCGCAGCCCCGAGGCUCCGGCAUUCCCAACAACGCGGAUGUGGUGAAUAUUGACUCGGAUACCGAUGACGAAACCCCACGACGCUCUGCUGCGCCCGCUUUCGAUGACGACGAGGCCAUGGCCCGACGCCUUCAAGAGCAAAUGUAUGGAGGUCAGGAUCAGGAAGAGGAAGUCAGAGCGCCUAUGGCUCGCACAACAGAAACACUGGUGGGGCCAGGUGCGGACUACGAUGAUGACGGCGAGGACAUGCACGCCAAUAUCCUCAGUCAACUCCGAGCUCGUCAACGGGGAGGCCGAGCCGGAAUCUUCAACCAGAGAGAGUCGUCUUCGAUAUGGACCGGGGGUGACGACUCUCGCCGCGAAGAGCUUUCUGCUGCCACCGGAGGCGCCUCAGAUGCCUCUUCCAAAUCAAACAUGCUCGCAGAGAUGUACCGACCUCCCUUCGAAAUAAUGUCCCGACUACCGUGGGAUGCAGCUCGCGAUGAAGGAAAGGAUUCCGAGAAAUGGCUGCUGAUCAAUGUGCAAGAUGCCUCGGUCUUCGACUGCCAAGUUCUCAACCGUGAUUUGUGGAAGGACAGUGGCGUACAAGACACGGUCAAGGAGCAUUUCAUUUUCCUUCAGUACUCCAAGGAUGACCCCCGCGCUGCUUCAUACAUCCAGUAUUACUUCCAAGGAAGUGACGUUUCGGAUAACUAUCCCCACAUUGCCAUUGUCGACCCGCGCACCGGAGAGCAGAUGAAAAUCUGGUCUGGGCCACCGCUGGUCAAGCCCGCCGACUUCCUCAUGCAGCUCCACGAAUUCCUUGAUCGGUAUAGCUUGAACCACAACGUACGCAACCCCGUCGCCAAGCGCAAAUCCGAAAAGAAAGAAAAAACCGUCGAUGCUAUGACAGAGGAGGAGAUGAUGGAAAUGGCGAUGCGAAACAGCCUGGGCGGCGCCGGAGAAUCUGGGCCUGCACAGGAAGACCCCGAUGACCUGACCCGCAGCACAGAGGAUGUGAAGGGCAAGAGCCGCGCCGCCGAGGAAGACGUGAGCAUGAAUGAGCCAGAGAAUACCGAGAGUUCUCCCUUUGCAUCUAUUCCCAGUGACAAGCCACACACCGAACCUGAGGCGGAUCCAGUUACCACCACUCGCAUCCAAUUCCGACACCCUUCUGGUCGAGUCAUCCGACGUUUUGCCUUAUCUGAUCCUGUUCAACGGAUUUAUGAAUGGCUUAAAGCCGAACCUCCCUUGGAAGAUAAAGCUGGUGUGGAAUUCGACCUGAACAACAUGGGACGGAAUCUCAUCGAUCAACUCCCCACAAGCAUCGCAGAGGCUGGUCUCAAGAACGGCACCGUGAUGAUUGGUUAUAUGGAAGAGUAA